UGAGCUCUCGCGCAGAACGUCGGUUAGUUUCUUUCUCUUUCUUUCUUUCUUUUUUUAAAUUGAUUUAUUCUCUACUCGAUUUACUGUCACUAAAAAUGAACUGAUCACCAUUUCCAUUGGCCUUUCGUGAACAAAGCCAACUGUUUUUCUGAUUCCUGCUUCUUCAAUUCCUUGUCCAAAGAAAAUGCGUGAACUGGAUCAUUACAUGGUGUGCACCAUGAAGGUUAAGAAGGGCGUAGAGUGAUAUCUCUAUGAAAAAAAAUCUUUUUCUCGUUCUUUUGUGGGUUGCAAAACCAACCCAAUCCAUAUUAUGGGUCUUUCUGAAUCCUUGAUUCGGUGGUGAAUUGUGGACGCAAUCGGUGAAAAAUGCGACGACGGGCGGCCGAGUAUCGGCGCCCGGUUCGACGGAGGUUUUCAUGUUGGAUCUGGUUGCUUCUUGGCUUGUUCUGUGUAGCAGGCUUUGUCUUGUUUAUUGUACAACACAAUCACCAUGAAGAUCGGGUCGAGCUUGCCUUUCUGGAGAGAGAUGAAAUAACGGAACCCACUGAUAAGGAUAGUUUGAAUUUUACAGAAGAAAUAUCAAGUGUAACCUCAUUUUCACGGCAGCUAGCAGAACAAAUGAUUUUGGCCAAGGCUUAUGUGAUAAUUUCCAAAGAGCACAAUAACCUUCACCUAGCCUGGGAGCUUAGCUCAAAGAUAAGAAGUUGUCAGCUUUUGCUUUCUAAAGCUGCCAUGACAGGAAAGCCCAUUUCAUUUGAGCAAGCAGAGCCAAUUAUAAAAAGCCUGUCUUCUCUGAUUUUCAAGGCACAAGAUAUUCAUUAUGAUGUUGCAACCACAAUAAUGACAAUGAAGUCGCGUAUUCAAUUUCUUGAAGACCGAGCACAUUCAGCAACAGUCCAAGGCAACUUUUUUAGCCAAGUAGUAGCUGAAGGACUACCCAAGAGCCUUCAUUGCCUACACGUCAAACUUAUGACAGAUUGGGUCAAAAUGCCAUCCCUACAUGAACUUGCAGAUCAGAAGAGAAAAUCUCCACAUCUAACGGACAACAAUCUCUAUCAUUUCUGCAUAUUUUCAGAUAAUGUGCUUGCUACUUCUGUAGUUGUGAAUUCCACAGUCUUGAAUGCUGACCAUCCAAAACAGUUGGUCUUUCACAUUGUUACUAAUGGCGUCAAUUAUGGAGCAAUGCAAGCAUGGUUCCUAAUUAAUGACUUUAGAGGGGCCACCAUAGAAGUGCAGAAUGUUGAGAAUUUUCAUUGGUUAAAUGAAUCUUAUUCUCCAGUUGUCAAGCAACUCCUCAAUGCAGAUUCACGAGCCUUCUAUUUUGGAGCAUAUAAAGAUUUAGAUGUUGAAGCAAAACUGCAUAAUCCUAAGUAUUUGUCAUUACUGAAUCAUCUUCGGUUCUACAUCCCUGAGAUAUAUCCACAGCUUGAGAAGGUUCUAUUCCUGGAUGAUGAUGUUGUUGUCCAGCAGGAUCUGACCCUUCUUUUCUCAUUGGAUCUGCAUGGGAAUGUGAAUGGUGCAGUGGAAACUUGUCUUGAAGUAUUUCAUCGUUUUUACAAGUAUCUCAACUUCUCAAAUCCGAUCAUAAGCUCAAAAUAUGAUCCUCAGGCGUGUGGGUGGGCUUUUGGUAUGAACGUUUUUGACUUGGUUGCCUGGAGGAAAGCAGACGUGACUGCAAGAUAUCAUUAUUGGCAAGAGCAGAAUGCUGAUGGGUCACUUUGGAAUCUGGGCACUCUACCUCCUGGUCUUCUAAGUUUUUAUGGUCUGACAGAGAUAAUUGACAGGAGAUGGCAUGUUUUAGGAUUGGGGAACGACGUAAAUAUUGAUCAUCGCCUGAUAGAAAGUGCAGCAGUCAUUCACUUCAAUGGGAACAUGAAGCCUUGGCUGAAGUUGGCUGUUAGCAAGUACAAGCUGCUGUGGGAUCGGUACAUAAAUCAAAGUCACCCUUAUCUCCAAGAUUGUGCCACAGGUUGAAAUGCACUAUCUGAUAGUUGAAGAACUGUGCAAUCUCUAUAUUUUCUUGGUUUUUUUUUUUUUAACACCUCGGUUACAUGGUUGCCUCAGUGUAGUGUCAGAAGUACACGAUCUUGAUUUUUCUAGGAGUUUCCUUUUCUUUUUUUCUUUUCUUUUUUUUUUUUUGUGGCUUUCACCUUUUCAGUCAGAGCCACAAUAUCCCAAAAGAAGGAAAAAUGAUGCUUCUAUACUAGAAAGUUCAAACAUGCUAGGUUAAGAGACGUGGGAGAUUUUUAUUAUUAUUUUUUUUCUCUUUUUGGGAGUUAUCUUCCCCUUCUGCAUGCUGCAGAAUUCUUUAGUAAUUCUUAUAAUUUUUCAGCACCUUCAAAUUGUAAUGUAAUUGAGCGGAAACAAUUUUUUCAUUUGCCA